AUGUGGGGGGGUCCUGCUGAGGGGGGGGGCACCCUGAGGCCCCGGUUAGCCCCAGUUAGCCCCGAUGAAGCUCCUGAAGGAGAAGCGUUUGAGCUGGAUGAUCAGAACGUUGGGCAGGCGCCACAGCAGCAGCUGCUUGGAGGCCUCUCGGUGCUGCUGGCACUUUGGACAGUGUGCGGCACUCGGGCGGACGCCCCCUGUGCGGAGAGUCCGUGUGGAGGAGUGGGUUGCCGCGACGACGAGGGGAAGCUCCACUGCGGCGGCCUGAACUGCAACGGCGCCGUUUCGGAGGCGGACAACGCUCUGGAGAGGGCCCGGCACGCCGAGAAGGAGCUGAGCAGAGCCAUGGGGGAGGUGCAGGGACUCGCCCACAAGGUGGCAGAAGCUAAAACCAAAGCAGAGGAAGCCAAAGGCCGGGCCCGGGCCGCCCUGGAUAAAGCCACCACCACCAAAAACAAAGUGGAACGCUCCAACAACGACCUGAGGGACCUCAUCAAACAGAUCAGGGACUUCCUCAUGCUCCGGGUCGGAGCGCUACGGCCCGCGGAGGAUCGCAGCAGCGUCCGGACGGAGCCCACCGAGCCCACCGCUAUUACCAGUAUCGUCGCCAAGAUAGCCGGGCCAGGCAGGAAGCGGCACACCUCAGAUCCAGACCCCAGCAGCGGCAGCGACUCCGGCGACGGGCGGCCCGUCAGCGCCAAGUGCCUGAAGAUGGCCAGCAGCGGAGGCGGCGAGGCGCCCGGCCGCCGCGGCGGGGCUCAGCAGAGGGGGGGCGGCGGCGGCUCCGACCCGGCCUCCAGCACCAGCAAGAAGAAGCAGAAGGACCGGGCCAACCAGGAGAGCCGGGAGGCCAAGAGGGCGGCCGCGGCCGUGGACGGCGUCCUGGCAGAGGUCAAGAAAGUCGGGAGGACCCGCUCUCGUCCUCCUCCUCCGGACGGGGAACGCGGCUUUAAAUGGACAUUUUACUCCGUGAAGGUCACCAUGACAAACGAUGUGUUUGUGGACUGGAAGCAGAACGUGAACGAGGUGACCGUCCGGCUGCGCUGCGGGGAGGGCGUGCAGAGGAGGGAGGACAUCAGCACCACCUUCACAGACACGCACUGCAACGUGUCCUUUCCAGACGGACGGCAGUGGAGCUGCCAGCUGCAGGAGGAGAUCGAAGCCUCGUGUAGCAAAGUCCAGUACAAGGAGAAGGCUGGGUUCCUGCACCUAAUCAUGCACAAGAAGAUCCCCUUUCACAUUUGGCCUUCUCUGAAGUUCCCCCCCAGGCCUCCCUCCCCGCCGCCGCACGGCGAGGCGAGACGGAACGGGGGCAAAGCCGAGCGGGGGGUCAAGCGCUGCCUGAAAAACAAACCCGCCGACAAGCCCGCCGCGGAGCCCGCCGGGGCCCAGAGCGCCGCGGGGGACGGGGACGGCCCCCCCGCCCGGCUGCCCAGGGCGGUUAAAGAGCCCCAGAGGGACCUGACCCCCGCCAGGUCCGCUGAGGAAAGGGGCGGAGCCACACAGCCGCCGGCCGACCCGGAAACCCCCCCCACCAGCAGAGCCCAGUCGGUAGAGAAGAGGGACCACUCCUCGGACGCAGCCGAGGCCACAGACGACCGGCCAGCGGCUCCGGUCAGCACCGGUCACCGGCCCGACGACCGGGCGGACCCCCCUCCCCCCCAAAGGCAGAGGGACCGGACAGACUCCGGGCCGGGCAGGAAAACCGGCGAUCACCAGUCGGGACGGGAGCCUUCAACCGGCCACCGGCCGGGAUCCCCAGAGCGGCCGCCCGGACCCGCUGUCCACCCUCCGGCCGGCCGGAGCCCGUCUCCAGACCCGACUCCUAUCCAGAGCAGCCUGGAGGGAGAGGAGAAGCGGGACCAGUCGAAGGAGGAGCCGCCUCUGGAAAUGAAGCCGCCGGACGCCCCGGAGCCGAUGGUCAACGUGCAGAACGUGAAGAACGACUCGUACGAGAAGGGCACGGACCUGAUGGUGGUCAACGUCUACAUGAAAGGGAUCUGCAGGGACACGGCCAGAGUCCUCUUCAGAGAGCAGGACUUCACGCUCAUCUUCCAGACCAGGUGGCCCCUGUUUAACGAACAUUCCCCACACGCGAUACAAACUUUCUCCGCCUUCAUUCGGACUGUGAGAAUGUUCCGGCGUGGGUCUCUGAGAGCUGAGCUGAGUCUGACCCCGCUGCCCUCCUGGCCCCUGUGUUUCAGGAACCUGAUCCAGCCCGAGCAGUGCAGCUACUCCUUCACCCCGUCCCGCCUGGACAUCUCGCUCAAGAAGAGGCACAGCCAGCGCUGGGGGGGCCUGGAGGCCCCCGCCACACCAGGUGCAGUGGGGGGCGCCAAGGUGGCCGUGCCUUCCAGCCCCGCCUGCCUGGAGAAGAGCCCGCCGGGCAGCAGCCAGCACAGCCUCCCGGCCAAGGAGGAGCCCCCGCGCGUCGGGGAGGACCCCCCCAAAGCCCCCAAGGCCCCCCCCCGGGGGGUGGACGACGCCGGCCUGGACCCGGUCGGCCCCCGCUCCGUCUCCGAGCACGUCGCCAUCCCCAAGCCGGAGCCCGCCGUCGCCAUGGUGAGAGACGAGGGCCGAGGGGAGCCCAAGCCGACCUGCAUGGUGCAGCCCAUGACCCACGCACCCCCCGCCAGCAAGGAGCGCCACGAGGAAGAGGAGGAGAAGAAGGUGUGCCUGCCUGGUUUUACAGGGUUGGUCAACCUCGGCAACACCUGCUUUAUGAACAGUGUCAUUCAGUCCCUGUCCAACACCAGAGAACUCAGGGAUUAUUUUCAUGAUCGAGCGUUCGAGGCUGAAAUCAACUGCAGCAACCCUCUGGGGACGGGAGGCCGGCUCGCUAUCGGCUUCGCCGUGCUGCUCAGGGCCCUCUGGAAAGGCACGCACCACGCCUUCCAACCAUCCAAACUCAAGGCGAUCGUGGCCAGCAAAGCCAGUCAGUUCACGGGCUACGCGCAGCACGACGCGCAGGAGUUCAUGGCCUUCCUGUUGGACGGACUCCACGAGGACCUGAACCGCAUCCAGAACAAACCCUACACGGAGACGGUGGACUCGGAUGGACGGCUGGACGAGGUGGUGGCAGAGGAGGCGUGGCAGAGGCACAAGAUGAGAAACGACUCCUUUAUCGUGGACCUUUUCCAGGGCCAGUUCAAGUCCAAGCUGGUGUGCCCCACAUGCUCAAAGGUGUCCAUCACCUUUGAUCCCUUCCUGUAUCUACCCGUCCCGUUGCCCCAGAAACAAAAGGUGCUCUCCGUCUUCUACUUUGCUAAGGAGCCUCAUAAAAAACCCAUCAAGUUUUUGGUGAGUGUGAGCAAAGAGAACUCCAGCACGGCCGAGGUUCUCGAAUCCAUCUCCAGGAGUGUGAGGGUCAAACCUGAGAACCUCAGACUGGCCGAGGUGGGGAAGAACCACUUUCAGCGGAUUUUUCUGCCGUCCCACUCCCUGGACACGGUGUCCCCCUCAGACAUGCUGUUCUGCUUCGAGGUGCUUUCCAAAGAACUGGCCAAGGAGCGAGUGGUGCUGCUCCGAGUGCAACAGAAACUCCAGGUGCCCAACAUCCCCAUCUCAAAGUGUGCCGCCUGCCUGAAGCCUCCGGUGUCUGAGGAGGACAAGCUGAAGCGCUGCACCCGCUGCUACCGAGUGGGCUACUGCAACCAAGCGUGCCAGCGGACCCACUGGCCCAACCACAAGAGCCUGUGCCGGCCCAACUCUGAGAACGUGGGGCUGCCCUUCCUGGUCAGCGUUCCCGAGUCCCGGCUCUCCUACGCCCGCCUGAGCCAGCUGCUGGAGGGCUACUCCAGGUUUUCUGUAAACGUGUUCCAGCCUCCUUUCCAGUCGGGCCGGACUUCUCCCGAGACGUCCCAGUCUCGGGGCGACCCGCCCUCGGGGCCUUUGGGCCCCCCGGAGGCUCUGGACGAGGCGGUGGGGGGCAGCAGCUCUGCAGCAGGAGCAGACCCAGAGCCUGAGAGCCCCUCCCUGCCUCCUGAGUCCCAGGCCGAGCAUGGCCAGGACGCAGCCCCCCCCCCCAGAGACCACGGACUCUCACUCCUCCCAGAUCUCGCUCUCCAGCACACGGACUAAAGACUCGGGCUUCUCCGAGUCGAUGUCCUCCACCUCCUGCUCCUCCCUGGACCCCCACGCCGAGAAAGAGACGUCCUGUGAGAAAACGGUGCGACCGGAAGCUGCAGUAACGGGCUACCAGCAGCCCGGGGAGGCCGCCUCCGGCCACGCCAGCCAGUUCUACAUCGCUCUGCUGGACCCGGUCAGCAAGGAGCAGAGGCUGGACGAGAGAGAGGGGUUACUCACAGACCUCCCGGAGGACGCAACCCUGGAGCUCGUGUGGAAGAACAACGAGCGUCUUAAGGAGUACGUGCUGGUGAGCUCCAAGGAGCUGGAAUACGAGGAGGACCCCGGAUCUCUGAGCGAGACGGCCCGGGCCGGACACUUCACGCUGGAGCAGUGCCUGAACCUCUUCACCAAGCCAGAGGUGCUGGCCCCAGAGGAGGCCUGGUACUGUCCAAAGUGCCAGCAGCACCGAGAGGCCUCCAAGCAGCUGCUGCUGUGGCGCCUGCCCAACGUUCUGAUCAUCCAGCUCAAACGCUUCUCCUUCAGGAGCUUCAUCUGGAGGGACAAGAUCAACGACAUGGUGGACUUCCCCGUCAGGAAUCUGGAUCUGAGCAAGUUCUGCAUCGGCCAGAAGGACGACAUGCAGCAGCCGCCCGUCUACGACCUGUACGCCGUCAUUAACCACUACGGGGGGAUGAUCGGGGGCCACUACACGGCCUACGCCCGCCUGCCCAGCGACAAGAACAGCCAGCGCAGCGACGUUGGCUGGCGUCUGUUUGACGACAGCACGGUGACGAUGGUGGAGGAGAGCCAGGUGGUGACGCGCUACGCCUACGUGCUGUUCUACCGCCGGAGGAACUCCCCCGUGGAGAGGCCGCCGCGCGUCCUCCGGCCCGCCGCCGCCGAGGCCGCCGCCGCCGGGGCAACGGCCAGCCAGGUGAGGGCGCCGCCGCCGUCGCCGUGGCAACGCACGGGGGGCCAGCACGUCCUGCCCACAGAUGCCCAGCAGGGGCCAGAGUCACUCGGGUCCGGGGACUGUAGGCAGACCUGAGAAUAGGUCUGGGCAGUUUUUAGGUCGUGGUCUGAGAAACUGGUUAAUUCUGUCUGAAAAAGGCCUCACUCUGAUAUUUUAGUGCCUCACAUCAGCCACUAAGAAGACCGUUUACACCACAGGGGAACUGUUUUUCUCUAUUUAAUGUUCUGAAAUAUUUGUAGGCAUUCUGUUGGUUUGUGUAAAGUAAUUUGGGUCUUUAGAGAUGAGUAACCAAACGAUCUGUGUAGAUUAUGUCAGAACACCACGGGGGGUUGAUUUGAUGUUUUUUUCUUCUCGUCGCUGAUGUUUCUCCAUUUCAUGUAAAAACAAAUGCACACUGGAGGUCUCUUAUAAUCGUUGUCAUCAUUUUGUUUGAGCGUAUUUCAUAGAGCUGCUUCAUGAGCAUUAAGUGUUUAAAUGUUUCCUCUCUGCCUCUGUGGGUGUCGGACAGGGCUGUGAAAACACUAAAGCAGAGAGAGCAUCUAAAAAAAAGGAAAAAGAAAUGGUUUAAGAGCUUUGUUUUUUUUGUUUUUUUGUUCCUUUUUGUCACCACCUG